UCCGUUUUUGGCAGCCGGAGUGUUUUCAGCAGCAUGGGUGCAUGUGAGAAGAUACUGACCCCACUUUGAGCUUCUUUUACUUUGACGCGGUGAUCGUAUUUUUAUUACAAUGCAUGAAAGACUUCUGCCGGCGUCGCCGAACUGGUACUGUUCACGCUGCAGUGACGUCAGUUACGGAAUAUUGGGGUUUGGAGCAAAGAACGUCAUUCACCUGGUUAAAGUGACUGCCACAUCUCCAGCAGCCAUAGGUGAGCUCAUCGGACACACUGAACGAGUUUCUGGUUUUGCUUUUUGUCACCACGAUGGACAAGAAAACAUUUGUGCCAGUACUUCAGAUGACAAGGCUGUUAAAAUCUGGGAUGCUGAACAGAGAGUUCUGGUGACUGAGCACAAUGUGCAUCAGAACACCAUCUCUGCAGUCCACUGGUCUCCGGUGCAGAAACAUCUGGUGGUGACAGGAGAUGAGAAAGGAGUCGUGGUGUGUUAUCGGUACAGCAGUAAUGACACCCAGAGCUUCUUCCCUGAACCUCGAACCAUCUUCUGCUUAUCCUGCUCUCCACAUGAUGAGAACUACAUCGCAGUGGGCUAUAAGGAUGGGAUGAUCGUAGUGAUAGACAUAAGUAAGAAAGGAGAUGUGAUCCAACGGCUGAGAGGACAUGAUGAUGAGAUUCACGCCCUGGCUUGGUGUCCUCAACCCAGAGAAGAGCCGCUGUAUGGACGCUGUACAGAAGAAAACGCAGAUGGAAGCAACGGGCUGACAGAAGGAGCAGAGGCGGGUUGUUACCUGGCCUCAGGCAGUCGAGAUCAGACGGUGCGGAUAUGGAGCACAGCCAGAGGCAAAGGUGUCAUGACCCUAAAGCUUCCGUUCUUGAAGAGAAGAGGAGCUGGAGUUGAUCCAACGGUUAAGGAAAGACUCUGGCUGACAGUCCACUGGCCCAAGGGGAGAUCAUCACAGAUUGUGUCCAGCUGUUUCGGUGGUGAGAUUGCCAUGUGGGAUUUGAUGAAGUCAGGCAAGCAGAAGUGGACUCUUUUGGGAAGUUCAUCGGACGGACAGAAUCACGGACGCAUCGUCUUUAAUAUGAGCUCUUGUAGUUUGGGGGAGAGGGAACUUCUGCUCAGCACAUCGAUGGACAGAGAGAUUAAAUGUUGGGAUCUGGCGUCACUGGAGUGUUGCUGGACAUUGCCUACUCUAGGAGGGUUUGUGUACUGUCUCAGUUUCUCUUCGGUGAGCACCGGCUCUCUAGCUCUGGGUGUCGGGGACAGCAUGAUCCGGGUGUGGAACACCCUCUCUAUUCAGAACAAGUAUGACAUCAGGACUUUCUGGCAAGGGAUCAAGUCAAAAGUGACAGCUUUGGCAUGGCAUCCAUUAAAAGAGGGCUCGCUAGCUUUUGGUACGGAUGAUGGUAAAGUGGGGAUCUAUGAGGUUUACUCAAACAAACCACCUCAAGUCUCAAGCACCUACCACCGCCGAACCGUCUAUACCCUGUCGUGGGGUCCUCCUGUGCCGCCCGUAUCUUUCGGAGGUUCAGAAGAUAAGCCGUCCUACAGUUUGUACAGUUGUGCCGGAGAGGGCAUCAUCUUUCAGCACAACCCCUGGAAACUCUCAGGAGAGGCCAGUAACAUUGACAAGCUCAUCCGCGACACCAACAACAUCAAACACAAGAUGAGCCCGCACACAGAUCUCUGCUGGAAGCCGGAUGGCAGCGUUCUUGCCAUCGGAAAUGAAGACGGGUCCAUAGACGUGUUUAAAGCCCCGACGUUGAAGCUCCUGUGUUCAGUUCAGCAGCAUCAUAAGAUCAUUAAUGCAUUAUGCUGGCACCACGAGCUCGCUCAGUCAGAUCUGCAGUACCUGCUGGCCUCCGGCUCAAGUAGCGCCACCGUCUACAUUCACGAUCUCAGGAGCACCAUAGAAACCCCAUCAGAGAGUUCAGUACUGGUGACUGAACCCUACAGGACUCUGUCUGGACACACCAACAAAAUCACCGGUCUGGCCUGGAGCCCUCAUCACGACGGGCGCCUGGUGACGGCGUGUUAUGACGGCACAGCUCAGGUGUGGGAUGUACUGAAAGAGCAGCCGGUGUGUAACUACAGGGGUCAUUCAGGGCGUCUGAUGUGUGUGCAGUGGUCUUCAGUUCAUCCUGACCUCAUCUGGACUGGUGGAGAUGAUUUCACUUUGCACGAAUGGGCCUUGUCCAAGCAGGAGCACGUCACACCCCCCAAAAGUAAGAAACGUGUUGAGAUGGAAAAAAAGAAGGCGCCUCAGAAAAAGGCCAAGAAGAAAAAGAAGGCACCGGGAAAAGGAGGGAUGAAGGCGGAGGAGAGCGAAUUGCCUUCACGAGAGGAACAUAAAAGAGCAGCAGGCAGCGGAGCAGAAGAUCAGCAGUCAGAACAUGAGGAGGAGGAAGACGAGAGAGAGAGCGCAGAGCGUCCGUGCGUCACGGGUUGGUCCGGAGAGAAAGAUGUGGACACGUGCGGCGCCGAGAGGGUUCAGAAUGGAGAAAAGUUCAUCCAUGCAGUUAAAAGAGAGGUCAAAGAGGAGAAGAGAAGAGAGAAGCCAGAUGUUUCUCUUAAGAAGAGAAAGCCGCGCUCCAUCCUUCCUCUUAGUACGACGAUGGAUCACAGACCCAAAGAUGAGCUUCAGAUGGACUGUCUCACACUGGCAGCAGUCAGACAUUCACACGGUCAAGCAGAAAUGUGUGUCCCAGGUGCUGGAGAUCACAUCCAGCUGGGUCUGUUCACGGACAGAGACGCCCUCUACAGGAUGUUUCAGGAGGAAGAGGAGAGUCACGUGGAGGCGGGGCAUUAUGACUCUGUGAUGUAUCUCAGGCUGUGGAAGGGAGACCUGACAGGAGCUUUAAACGUCGCCACAGAGAAAGGAGAACUGAACGACCAUCUUCUCAGUUUAGCUCCUAUGGCGGGGUACCAGGUUUGGUCCAGGACUGUAGAGGCGUAUGUGAAGCAGCUCUGUCUUCAUGAGCAGUUCCUCAAAGCCGCUUCACACCUCAUCUCCAUCCAUAAAAUCUACGAGGCCAUCAACCUCCUGAAGGGACACCAGUUUUACAGGGAAGCCAUUGCGUUGGCCAAAGCCAGACUUCAGCCGGAGGACCCGGUUCAGAGAGAUCUCUACAUGAGCUGGGCGGCUGUGUUGGAGAAGGAUGGACAUUAUGCGACUGCCGCCAAAUGCUAUCUCGCUGCAGACUCCAACUUUGAUGCCGCUAAAGUGAUCGCCAAGAAAGGCGACGUGACAUCUUUAAGGACCGCUGCUAAUCUGGCGUGGCUGUCGGGAGAAAGCGAGCUGGCACAUUCUCUCUCUCUCAGAUGUGCCAAAGAUUUGAUGCUUUCACAGGAUUGGCUUGCCACACAGGAAGUCCUAAAGACACAAGAUUCUCUUCUGGCUCACAGGCUGCUGUACUGUGUGAAUGAGCUCCUCACUUACAGACUCCCAGAUACAGAUGUGAUCACCUGGUCUCUGGCCUCCUCACACGACUGGUCUGAGUCACGGGAUGAACACUUCCUCUGUACAGCACACACAGUGUGGAAGAGAGACUUCGGCGUGACCGCUGAUGAUCUUGUUAAAUUAAAAACCCUCCAUCAACAACUAAGUGCCAUUGAGAAUCCUCCCGUCGCUGCCAGUGUCCCAAUGAAGCAGCUCUUAUCUUUUAUCUCAUUGGACGUGACACUGUGCGCGUUGAGUCAGCUGUCGUGUGAUUGGCCGUCUGUACUAGAGGAACUGUUGAGAGCUGUGACUCGAGGUUUUGAGGUCGGUCGCUUUACUCUGAUGUCUGAGAUGAGCCGUCUGCUUCUACCACAAGGGUUGGACUCUGUGGCGUUUUAUAAAAGAAAACUAUGUCCAGGGGAUGAGAAAAGCUUGGCGGUUUCUCGAAAUAUGGAGGCUUUUGUCUGUUAUCAGCUCUUGUAUAAGAAAUGGUGGAGCCAAGGUACACUAACAUCCACUUCGACCAAUAAUAUGACGAGUAAUGGUCACCAUUCCACAGAGCAAAAACAACCUGAAGAUGCAGAUCGUAAUGGAGAAGCUCAAUCCGAGGGCUUCUGGAAGGUUUUACUCUCUGAACCUCACGCCAGUUUUCAAGCCAUCCAGAGAGCCAUAGCAGAUAUUCAGAGUGAAGUUUUGAGCCUGGUUCAGCGACACAACCCGUCUACAGACUCUCAUCUGGGCUCAGACAUGGCCACAGAAACAUCUAGUGUUACUCAUCUAUCUGAGGAACAGGAAGGAGCUAACAGUGAAAAAAGCCAAUCUUUUUCUACACUGACCGCCCGGGCUGCUGAAUACCACAAAGAGCUUGCUGCUGUUCCUGAGAUGAUCAAGAAAUACCCAUUUCCUGAUGUCAUGGAGUGUUGUAUUGUCCUUCUGUACCUGGACCAACAUUUUGCUCAGGUUCCACAGCAUAUCUCCUCAGAAGCUACAGCGUUGUUGCACAAAUAUGGAAGUACAGCGUCACUGCAUAAAGCCUGGCAGAGACUGACACACUAGAAUUUACUGUAUGCACUUGUGUACUUUGAAUAUUUACACUGUAUAUCUAUACUUAAUAAAAAAUCUGAAUUUGAA